CCGGGAAUGAAGUGAGAGUUAAAGGUAAAUUUCUGUACUUUAUUCGUCUGUAACCUUUAUUUAGGUUGUGCGGUCGUGCAAUACAAGACAACGCAUUAGGUUCGAGACGUGUAAGAAGUUUAGACAAGAGAAAGUGGACGAUGGAGGAUUUUCCCAUUCGUACAAUGGAGGUGGUGUGUUUGGGUUCGAGUGCGGCUCUUUCUGGUCUGCUUUAUUAUAUUUACAAGAAGAAACGCAAAACUGUGGACAAACUUAAUGAAGCUCCACAACUGCCAUUGGAUGAGAAGUUGGCAGAUCUUUUAAACGCCACCCCAGGGAAAUGUCUGCAGUACGUGGUUAUCCAGGGUACAGUGCAGCCUAUAGGAGAACCAUUAAGGAGUCAGUUUCAGGAAGGAAGUGUCGGUGUCAUCCAAAAACUAGUCCUCCGAGAACACAAACUUGUCUGGAAUAGUAUAGUGCGCACCUGGACAGACAGUGAGCGUGUUCUUCACCAGCGUGUGAAUGCUGUGCCCUUUAACCUGCUGGGUGUGAACAAGGCGUUCGUGCGUGUGCUCUGCCCUCUGGAAGCCACCGGCCCCAAGAUGGAAAUCGUCCAUGAGAAGUUCCACCAGGCUAGUUAUGGCUUCACAGAUCUGAUUGGUCAAUACCUGAGCGGAGAGAAACCCAAAGGUCAGUUAGAAACAGAAGAGAUGUUGAAGGUCGGAGCGUCCCUGACUGCGGUGGGAGAGCUCAUCCUGGACACCGACCGUCUCCCCAAACUCCGCCCACCCACAGAUGGCUCUGAAUACUUCUUGAGCACGGAAGACUUUGAGACGCUGCUACUGGAGCAGGAGGGGCAGGCCGAGGUAUGGAGGGUGCUGUCGUGCGUUUGCGCUCUAGUAGGCGUGGCCGCGCUGCUAUGGGUGGGCCGCAGGUACUACAGACAAUUAAAGCUACGUUGGGAGCAAGAAAAGAUGAGGAGGGAGUUUGAGUUGAUGGGUGCUGGAGAAAGAGGGUUGGAAGAGAACGGCGAGGACGUUCCAGAGAAUGCAUGUGUCAUAUGCUUGAGUAAUCCACGAAGCUGCGUGCUGCUGGAUUGUGGACACGUGUGCUGCUGUUUUCGUUGCUAUCAGGCCUUGCCCCAACCCAACUGUCCCAUCUGCAGACAGGUUAUCAAACGAGUGGUGCCUUUGUACCAGGCAUAAUGGUAUAUUAGUGGAUUUGUGUGAUUGGCUGAACUUUACUGCUUUUAGAAACAGCUUCAAACGUCAAAACAUUGUAACAUGCUACUACAAAACUAGUACUGCAGUAAACAACCUGUGUGUGACCGAAUCAAAUGCAACAAUUUCUAGAUAAGCAGUCACUUGUGUCACAAACAUCAGAACUGUAAUGUUGUGAACGGUGGCUAGAAAUAGUUGCACGAGACAUUUAAAGCUUUUGGUGUUUAGAUCUGAUCUUAAAGCCUGGAGGUUUGUGGUGCAAUCAAAUUCUUAACAUUCAACUAACAUACAGUAUGUUUGCAUUUUGGUUUCAACAUGGUAGUAUAGUACUAAGGUAAUAUCUACGUUUUUUCCAAGCUCAAACUCAAAUUUUAUUAUCAGAGGCAUUAUACUUUGUUUUUGAUCUCAUGCACGAAGCCUCACUAUGACUCUCACUGAUAAACUGUUGUUUGCCAUGCAUGUGUUAAAACGGUUAGUCUUUGUCUAAUUGAGCAGAUUUUUGGGGGGCAACAUCAACAUUGUUUUAUUAUACUGAUAAAUGUACCUGGAUGAUGUUCAAAAACACAGCUUGAGAAUGACGAUUUGAAAUAUAUUGAAAUAUGAAAUAUGCUCAGUUUAGUGCCUUAAGUUACAAAUGAAAGUGCCGUGCUGAGCUUGUUCAAUCCUGUUUGUUUGAAACUAAUUUUGGAAAGAGCGCUAUUGUUCAACUUGAUAAAGGUUUUGGGUUACUGUUCUUACAGCAAAUGAAACACUACCGUGUAUAUGAUGUUUUUUGCAAAUCUUUAUGACUUGAGAUUGUCUCAUAUAGUGAAAUUUCACAGGUACUGUAAAAGUGUAAUUAACAUUAAAUAUAAAACAAGAAGAUCCUCAGUAAGCCUUUACCACGAUCAAGCUGAGUCCUGAUGAGGCUGCAUUUACCAGCAGUUCUUUUCAUUCCACAUGAAACCACUAGAGGGCAAAGGGUUAGACUGUACAGAUGAAAAUACAUUUUUAUUAGGCCAUACUUCUGCAUUUUCUUAUCCUGUUUGUUAUUCUUUGCACCUGUUCUGCACUGUAUUUAACAACAGCCUUUUCCUCUUCAUUAAUUCAGCAUAGACAUUCAAGAUCUAAAUUAUCAAAUUUUCAACCAGGAGCCAAGUGCACACAGGUUAAGGAGAAGAUACACUGGCAAAUUUAACUUUAUCACUGUUUAGACAACAACUAAUCUGAUUGUCCAUACAAAAAAGAGAGCAAUAAAAUAUGAUAGCAUGUGACAAAAGCACAAAAGUUCAGAGAAAAUAGUAGUUCAUUGCAUAUUUAGCAAGGGAAAAGUCUGAUAAUGUUAAUAAACCUGCAUGCACUUGUUGAGCAAAUCCAGCAAUUGUAAACAGUCAUAAACCAGAUUUGUUGAA